AUGCGGGGUGCUGAGGAUCUUAGCAUCCCCGGGGGCAGGACGCGGAGUUCCGCGGAGAUGCUGGCCGUGCGGCAAGCUGUUGGCCACUCCUCGGAACUGGCAUUUGCUCUGGAGCCACAUGAUGAUGUCGCCGUCCCUGGGCAGCCUGUUGUGCUGGACUGUAUGGUGGAAGGGAACCCCCCUGUUCGGAUCACCUGGAGGAAGAAUGGGGUGGAGCUGCCCGAGAGCACCCAAGCUUCUGUGAUGACCAACGGUUCCCUGAUGAUCCCUCACUUCGAGCCAGAUAGGGGAGGCAGCACUUCCGACGAGGGGGACUAUGAAUGCAUGGCUCAGAAUCGCUUCGGGCUUGUAGUCAGCCGGAAAGCUCGCAUCCAGGCUGCUACCAUGUCCGACUUCCACGUGCACCCCCAGGCUACCAAAGGUGAGGAGGGUGGUGUAGCCCGAUUCCAGUGCCAAAUCCAUGGACUUCCUAAACCCCGGAUCACUUGGGAGAAAAACAGAGUGCCCGUCGACACAAACAAUGAGAGGUACACGUUGCUGCCCAAGGGUGUCCUGCAGAUCACGGGCCUUCGGGCUGAGGACAGCGGCAUCUUCCACUGUGUGGCCUCCAACAUUGCUAGUGUCCGCAUCAGCCACGGAGCCAAGCUGACGGUGACCGGCUCUGGCUCAGGGGCCUACAAGGAGCCGACCAUCCUUGUGGGGCCUGAGAACCUCACCCUGACCGUCCAUCAGACUGCAGUACUGGAGUGCGUCGCUACGGGCAACCCGCGCCCCAUUGUGUCCUGGAGCCGCCUGGACGGCCGCCCCAUUGGAGUGGAGGGCAUCCAGGUCCUGGGCACCGGGAACCUCAUCAUCUCCGACGUCACGGUGCAGCACUCGGGCGUGUACGUUUGUGCUGCCAACAGGCCGGGCACCCGUGUUCGCAGAACCGCCCAGGGCCGCCUGGUGGUGCAAGCCCCAGCAGAAUUUGUCCAGCACCCUCAGUCCAUCUCUAGGCCAGCGGGGACCACCGCCAUGUUCACCUGCCAGGCCCAGGGGGAGCCACCCCCCCACGUCACCUGGCUGAAGAACGGCCAAGUGCUGGGGCCCGGAGGCCACGUCCGGCUCAAGAAUAACAACAGCACCCUGACCAUUUCUGGAAUCGGCCCUGAGGAUGAGGCCAUCUACCAGUGCGUGGCCGAGAACAGCGCUGGCUCCUCCCAGGCCAGUGCCCGGCUGACUGUGCUGUGGGCCGAGGGGCUGCCUGGACCCCCCCUCAACGUGCAGGCUGUGUCCGUGUCGUCCACCGAGGUGCGUGUGUCCUGGACCGAGCCCCUGAUCCACACCAAGGAGAUCAUAGGCUAUGUCCUGCACAUCCGGAGGGCUGCCGACCCACCAGAACUGGAGUAUCAGGAAGCAGUGAGCAAGAACACCUUCCAACACCUAGUGAGUGACCUGGAGCCCUCCACCGCCUACAGCUUCUACAUCAAGGCCUACACGCCCAGGGGGGCCAGCUCAGCUUCUCCCCCAACUCUGGCCAGCACCCUGGGGGAAGCCCCAGCCCCACCCCCUCUGUCCGUGAGGGUGCUCGGCAGUAACUCCCUGCAGCUGCUGUGGGAGCCCUGGUCCCGGCUGGCCCAGCACCAGGGAGGCUUCAAGCUAUUCUACCGGCCAGCCAGCAAGGCCACCUUCACGGGCCCCAUCCUGCUGCCUGGGACAGCGACCUCUUACAACCUCAGCCAACUGGACCCGAGCACAGUGUAUGAGGUAAAGCUGCUUGCCUAUAACCAACACGGGGAUGGCAAUGCCACUGUUCGCUUUGUGUCUCUCAGGGGAGCAUCUGAGAGGACAGCCCUGAGUCCACCCUGUGACUGCCGGAAGGAAGAAGCCAGCGCCCCAACUUCAACCACUGGCAUCGUCAUUGGCAUCCACAUUGGGGUCACCUGCAUCGUCCUCUGCGUCCUGUUCCUUCUAUUUGGCCAGAGGGGCAGGGUGCUCUUGUGCAAGGAUGUGCAAAACCAGCUGUCCCCACCUCAGCCCCGGAGCCAUAGGGAGCCUGGCCUCAUGGUGCUGCACGGGGCGUGCCAGGGAGGGAAACCUGUGGACACCAAGGAACUGGAGCAGCUCUCACCGCCUGCAGGGACCUCAGGGCUGCGGGAGCACAGUCCCAGCCCCAUGGCCCUGUGUGAGGAGACGCUCCUGUCCACGCCACCGCUGCAGGGCUCCAACUUUCCCGAGAGGACCACCAUGACCUCCUGUGCAGUCCUGGCGGGUCCUCCCCAGCCCACCAACCCUGUUGCUCUCCCAGUGCCCUCUGGACAAUAACUCCUAUGGCCGCACUGUGGGGAUGCCCCCUUCUCAGGUCAAAGGUGACAUUAGGCCAUCAUAAGGACCCCCCCCAUGGGGCUUCCUAGCGCCUUUCCCUUCCCUGGCUACCCUCAAGUGGUCGUAUGUGAAGUCUUUUUGCAGCCCCCCCUCCAAUCUCCUCACCACUGCUUGGUGCCACGUGACUUGGAAGUGAAGUAACGUUUUCCUUUUGCAAACAAAAAACAAAAAAAAACCAACAAAAAAAAAGACUUAAAGAGCACGAGUGAGGAAGGGGCUCCCGGGGUCCCACCGUCUCACCCGCCUCUGCCCUCAGGUCUGCCGCCUGGCCAGCACCUACCUCAGCCGGAAUGAAUGUCCCCCAUCGCCCCACACUCCUACCUCAAGGCCCUUGUGGGCACCCCUCUGCCCCACCCCAGUGUCUAGUUUAAAAAAGGAAAAAAGAAAAAAAAAAAAAAAAAAAGAAACCGUGCCCGUUUCCAGGGUGAAGAAACCGUGUCUACCUCAGGGCCCGCUGGCUGUUGCCCGCGUGGCACCCCCGGCCAUCCCCGCCUGCGGGAUGCCGGAUUCUCCAUCCACAGAAGUAAAGACAGAAUUGGUCAAAGAAGCCGAGAAAAAGCCAAAAAAACGAGAGGACAUUUUGUUCCUCGAAGCAGAGAUGGUUGCUCCCACGCAGGCUGCGGUUGCUCUGUCCAGCCGCCCUUCCCUCUGUCUGCCUGUUCAUCCUUCCACUCCUACUCUUGCCCUCAGCCCUUCAUCCUGGCUCAGUUGACCAGAGCCAUUCUCUCCACACAGGCUAUGGUGCCUGCUUCUGUGCCCCCAGACAUGGGGGUUGCUGACCCCCAGAAUGUUCUGUGUGUGCCAGCCUCUGGGCUCCAACCCCUCAGGCCACUGCUGCCCCAGUGGGCUGACCUCAGCAGACACAGCUGAAGCUAUUUUUAUAUGUGAAGUGUCUCAAGGAUUUCUUCUGUGAUGUUCGAGCCUGUUUUCUGUUAUGUUGUUCUUUGAGGUACUUAAGAAAACCAAGGAAACAAAUACCUAUUUUUGGUUACACUCAGAAACAUUUUUUUAAAUAGCGGAAGGAAAACUUUUUUUAAAGAAAAAGAAAAGAUAAAUGUAUUCCUUAAGUCUGAGACAGACCCUAAGCACCCUGAGCCCUAAAUUCCCCCAGACCCCCGCCCUAAACUUUAGUCGAUUAGCUGAAGAAGGUAGGAUUUGUGGUUUGCUAGAAAGUCGUGACCAAUUGGACUCGGAGGCGCCUGUGCCACCUCUGCAUCGACUCCUCUGUGUCCCUUCAUCCUAGAACCUGCCCCUUGGGAAUGGGGGGUGGGUGUCUUGGGACCUGACUUGUCACUGCUCAUUUGGAUUGAAUAAAAGUCCUGUUGCCAAAGUAA